AUGGAAGGAACAAUUGAGAAGUACCUUAAUGAGCACCCUGAUCAGAUGCCGCGAGAUGAGCUUGUUAUGGAGACUGAUACACAGACCUUGAGAUUUUUGCGAGGAGAAGCCCUAAGACUUGGCCAUCAAAGUGAUAUUCUCAUGAAUUCUAUCAGACAACUAAUGGGAGAUACCCUUAUAUCAUUAAGCGUACCAGACCUCCAGCUGCUUGAAGCUAAGCUGGAAAAGGGCCUUUCAUGUAUAAAAUCAAAGAAGGUGGACCUUAUGACUAAAGCCUCUGGGAACACUUCAUUCACUCCAAUUCUAGUUGAAGUGGAUAUUUUAAAAGCUCUGCCUAGAGAAGACAUUAUAUAG